AAGCUGCCCCCGGCCGCCAUGAUGGAGGCUCCCCUCCCAGUAGUCCCGUGGGAGAUAGUCCUGGUCAUGUAAAAGAAGUCUGUUGUCGUUUCUGGGUUUCUAACACCUUGGACUGUAGAUGGAAGCCCUCUUCUCUGGAAUUUGGGGGAGACUUCAAAGGCCUCCAAGUCUGUCACUGAGAGAAAGAAAGACACAGAUACAAUGUCUCCAGAAAAUCCCUGUGAGAAGCCUGAAGGAAACAUCAUGUUAUCUCUAGAUUAUAAAGAAGAUGAAGAUACCAUGCAGCGCUCUUCAGGAGAAAACCUUAUUACCUGUAAUGUACAUCCAGGACUUCACAAUGCAGAUCCAUCAAAUAAUUCCCCCAAGAAUGAGGAACUUUCUAAUGACACAUCACAGAUUAACCCAAGUCCAAAUCUAUCAUAUAAUCAUCCUAAACAUGAGGAAUCUUCUCCUGACCAAUCACAGAUUAUUACUCCAAAUAUAAGGCAGAAACGGGGUAAAAGGUUUAAUUGUGAGGAACGUGGAAAACAGUUCAGAUAUAAGUCAGAGCUGUCUAUACACAGAAGUUACACAGGAGAGAAGCCAUAUUCAUGUUCAGAAUGUGGGAAAUGUUUUCGAUAUAAAUCAUUGCUUUUAAGACAUGAGAAAAUUCACACAGGAGAGAAGCCGUAUUCAUGUUCAGAAUGUGGGAAAUGUUUUAACAAGAAGUCAAGUCUUGAUCAACACAAAAGAAUUCACACAGGAGAGAAGCCAUAUUCAUGUUCAGACUGUGAGAAAUGCUUUAACCACAAAUCAAGCCUUGACCAACAUAAGAGAAUCCACACAGGAGAGAAGCCAUAUUCUUGUUCGGAGUGUAGGAAAUGUUUUACCAAGAAAUCAUAUCUUGAUAAUCAUAAAAGAAUUCACACAGGAGAGAAGCCAUAUUCUUGUUCAGAAUGUGAGAAAUGCUUUAACCACAAAUCAAGCCUUGAUCAACAUAAGAGAAUCCACACAGGAGAGAAGCCAUAUUCUUGUUCGGAGUGUAGGAAAUGUUUUACCAAGAAAUCAUAUCUUGAUAAUCAUAAAAGAAUUCACACAGGAGAGAAGCCAUAUUCUUGUUCAGAAUGUGAGAAAUGCUUUAACCACAAAUCAAGCCUUGAUCAACAUAAGAGAAUACACACAGGAGAGAAGCCAUUUUCAUGUUCAGAAUGUGGGAAAUGUUUCACAGAAAAGAAAAGUCUUACUAUACAUCAACGAAUUCAUACAGGAGAAAAACCAUUUUCAUGUUCAGAAUGUGGUAAAUGUUUUGUCAGGAAAUCAAAUCUUAAUAAACAUAAAAUAAUUCAUACAAGAGAGAAGCUAUAUUCAUGUUCAGAGUGUGGUAAAUGUUUUACAGAUAAUUCAUAUUUGGUUGCACAUCAGAGAAUUCACACAGGGGAAAAGCCAUAUUCAUGUUCAGAAUGUGGGAAAUGUUUUAACCACAAAUCAAGUCUUGAUCAACACAAAAGAAUUCACACAGGAGAGAAGCCAUAUUCAUGUUCAGAAUGUGGGAAAUGCUUUAACCAGAAAUCAAGCCUUUAUCAACAUAAAAGAAUUCACACAGGAGAGAAGCCAUAUUCAUGUUCAGAAUGUGGGAAAUGUUUCAUUGAAAAAAGAUGUCUUACUACACAUCUGAGAAUUCACACAGGAGAGCGACCAUUUUUAUGUUCAGAAUGUGGGAAAUGCUUUGUUAGGAUAUCAAAUCUUCAUCAGCAUAAGAGAAUUCACACAGGAGAGAAGCCAUAUUCAUGUUCAGAGUGUGGUAAAUGUUUUACAGAUAAAUCAUGUCUGGUUGCACAUAAGAGAAUUCACACAGGAGAGAAGCCAUAUUCAUGUUCAGAAUGUGGGAGAUGCUUUAAUCAGAAAUCAAGCUUUGUUCAACAUAAAAGAAUUCACACAGGAGAGAAGCCAUAUUCAUGUUCAGAAUGUGGGAAAAGUUUCACAGAAAAAAGAAGUCUUACUACACAUCAGAGAAUUCACACAGGAGAGAAACCAUUUUCAUGUUCAGAAUGCGGGAACUGCUUUGCCAAGAAAUUAAGUCUUGAUCUACAUAAGAGAAUCCACACAGGGGAGAAGACAUGUUGAUGUUUUGUGUAAGA